CAUCGUUCUGGCACAUCCCUCAUAUUAAGGCAGGACCGUCUAGGGUUCUAAGAUCUAAUUCCAGAGACAUGAUCAAGGGGCUGCAAUGGUUGAUGCGCUAUGGCUAUCUUCCCCAACCUGAUCCCAGAGCAGCAAAUCUUCAAAGCGAGGAGGAGUUAUCCACCGCUGUGAGAACGAUGCAAAGGUUUGCAGGAGUGCCAGUAACCGGAAAACUGGAUAGUGAGACUUUGAGAAUGAUGAACAGGCCUCGUUGCUCCCUUCCUGAUUUCAUUGGCACCUCGGAGUUGAUGCGCCGGCGACGUAGGAAGAGACGCUACGCUCUGAGUGAAAGUUCCUGGAAAAAGACCGACUUGACAUGGCACAUCCGUUCCUACCCUCAAUCCUCACAAUUGUCCCGUGAUCAUAUCCGGAAUCUCAUGUUCUAUGCUUUUCAAGCUUGGAGCAAUUCUUCAGCCCUGACAUUCAGAGAAGUGCCUUCUCAGACAGCGGACAUUAUGGUGGAUUUUGCGGCCUCUUAUCACGAUGACACAUACCCCUUUGAUGGGCCUGGAGGUACCCUGGCCCAUGCCUUCUUCCCUGGAGAGCAUCCCAUUUCGGGCGACACCCAUUUUGAUGACGAAGAGACCUGGAUUUAUGAUCCACGGAAUGAAUCACCAGGCCAUGGCACAGAUCUGUUUGCUGUAGCAGUGCAUGAGUUUGGCCAUGCCUUGGGAUUGGCUCACUCUUCUGUUAAGGAAUCCAUCAUGAUGCCGUAUUACCAAGGUCCUGUUGGUUUGCCCCACCUCUACCAACUUUCUAUAGAUGAUGCCAUGGGAAUUCAGCAAAUCUAUGGUAGGCGACAUCAUAGUUCAUAUCCAGAUCAAGACAUUCCAGCGCCCCCAGUUCCCACAGCACCCCCGAUCCCAGGCCUACCACCAGACAAGCCGGGAGAAAAGCCUUCUUUGCCAGCAUUAGAACGUUGUAAAGCCGGGUUUGAUGCUAUUGCUAAUAUUCGUGGCGAAGUUUUCUUCUUUAAAGAGAGACAUUUUUGGAGGAUACAGCCAUCCCAGAAUCUGGUUUCUUUGGAGCCAGCCCAAACCCUCCGCUUCUGGAAUGGACUCCCCCCAGAUUUCAAGUCAAUUGAUGCUGCGUAUGAACGUGCCAAUGACAGCCAGAUCGUGUUUUUUAUUGGGUCCUCUUACUGGGUUUUUUCCGACACUCGAGUCAAUGAAGGUUACCCCCGUCCCAUAUCAGAUCUGGGGCUCCCUCGCAGCACUGUAGUUGGGGCUGUGUUUGUUUGGCCUCACAAUGGUAAGACGUAUCUCUUAGAGAAGGACCGCUAUUGGCGCUACGAUGAUAAGUUGGGGCACGUGGAACCAGGAUAUCCGAAACCUGUCACUCUCUGGAAAGGAGUCCCGUCUGAGCUCGAUGAUGUCACUCAUUGGAAUGAUGGCCACACAUACUUCUUCAAGGAUACUCAUUACUGGCGCUUUAAAGGUGGAAAUGUGGAGGCCGAUUCAGUCCAUCCACGCUCCAUUCCCCGCGACCUGAUGUUUUGCUCAGAUCCUACCACCAUCUCCCCCAGUGGACCGAAAACUGGGUUUAAAGGGGAGGAUGGUUUAUGCCUCUGUAAGUCAAGUGGACAAAUCAAAAACUCCUCCUUAGCUUGGAUCUUGAUUCUGCUUUGGAUGAUAUGCUGAUUGCUAGGUUAGCUAUACGACUAUGCACUUUACAUUAUAAAGAGGAGAUGAAACAGUGGGGAAAAUACAGUAUUCCCUAGCAAAAGGUACAGGAUACUUUUUUCUUUAUUCUUUUGGUGCUCUCAGUAUCCAAUACCGACUUGGAGGCUAAGCUCCCAUGCUCAGUUUCUGAAAAAGAAAUGCUUACCUUAAAACUAACUUGGAAGUUUUAGAUCCUAAUCGUGAAUAUGUGAUAAUAUAGUUUCUCAGGUGUGAAGAAAAUGCAUUCUGGGCAUGCUCUGGCGUGCUGGCCUUUCUGAUUCUGUCACAUACCAAAAAGCUCCAAUUCACCAUUAAUUAAUGAAACCCUUUGAACUUUCCCUGAUGGGAAGCAGAUGAGUGUUUUUGUCAGAAUACACAGAGUGUGGCUUUGUGAGACAACCCAGGAGCAAAUACAGCAAACAGAGGUUUGUAUUUAAAUAGU